AGAUCUGCUGCUGCUGCAGGAGGAGGAGAGGCGAGGAGGAGCUGGUGAUGAAGAUGCUGCUGCUGCUCCGCUCCUCUGCGUCCAGCAGCACCCGGGACUGACCGUGACCUCUUCAACGCCGCGGUCGUUGUUGAAGGAGGAAGGUUUUCAUUGUUGCAUCUUCCUGCUGCUCCUUAUUUUCUCUGCAACUGGAAGCCACUGGGUUCCCCUCCUCCUCCUCCUCCUCCUCUUCCUCACUUAUCCCCACUUUCUUUCUUCCAGAGGGAAUUCUCCAUUUUCACCAGGAAUUAUAAAAGAAAUGUCUCUCUGGGAAUGAUGGUGUUGCCACUGGAACCGCCAUCUUUGUCGCCAUGACGAUGCCAUUCAGCCCCCUGUCCAGCGACGAGGAGCAACAAAGGAUGCUGGGAAACAGCAGACAUCUCUAUCCUGGGGCAGAAGACGAGGAGGAGGAGGAGGAAGAGGAAGAAGAAGAGAUGGAAGAGGAUGAACGCGACGAGGACGGGGAGGAAGAGGAGAACGGCGAGCUGGAAGGAGAGGAAGACGACGAUGACGAGGAGAUGGUGGAGGAGGUCAGGCGAGGAGGCAUCCCUCGGAUCGGGAGAGGCGAGGGACACAGGCAGUCGGGCAAACCGGCAGGACGACCCGGCGGGGAUCGACAGAUGAGAUCAGGAAACCCGGGACACGCCGCCAACCCGUACUCGGCCAAUCCCGGACCCACGCACCAAGCAGCAGCCAAUCAGCAGCCGAGGAGGCUGAAGGAGCGCACUGCCAACUCAGUGCCAUCUGAAGACGCCCACAUCGCCAUGAUGGUGUUUCGCAUCGGCAUCCCAGACAUAAAGCAAACGAAAUGUCUGCGGUUCAACCCCGACGCCACCGUGUGGAAGGCCAAGCAGCAGGUGCUUUGCUCUCUGACCGAAUCGCUGCGAGACGUGCUGAACUACGGCCUCUUCCAGCCGGCCACAGACGGACACGACGCCAAGUUCCUGGAGGAGGAGAGGCCGCUCAGAGACUACCCACAAUCCUUUGAGAAAGGGGUGCCAUAUUUGGAGUUCCGCUAUAAAACCAGGGUUUACAAACAGACCAAUCUGGAUGAGAAGCAACUGGCCAAGCUGCACACCAAGGCGAGUCUGAAGAAAUUCAUGGAUUAUAUCCAAACCAGCGCUGUGGACAAGAUGGCCAAGUUCAUAGACAAGGGCCUGGAUCCAAACUACCAGGAUCCUGACACUGGUGAGACUCCUCUGUCGCUGGCAGUGCAGUGCGAGCCAGGUGGAGGAGAGGCCAUCCGGGUCCUGGUGGACGGAGGCGCUCACAUCGACUUCCGUGCCAAAGAUGGACUCACGCCGCUUCACAAGGCUGUUCGAGGCCACCGCCAUACAGCCCUGCUGGUCCUGCUCUCUCUGGGUGCAUCUCCAGACUACAAGGACCGGCGGGGGUUGACCCCGCUCUACCACACUGUGCUAACAGGGGGCGACACCUCCUGCUGUGAAACGCUGCUGUACCACCGCGCCAAGCUGGGCAUCAGGGACGAAAACGGCUGGGACGAGACGCAUCAGGCCUGCCAAAACGGGAACUCACAGCAUCUGGAGCACCUGCUCUUCUACGGGGCGGAUUCCUCCUCCCAGAACGCUUCUGGAAACACUGCCUUGCACAUCUGUGCUUUAUACAACAAGGAAAGCUGUGCACGAAUCCUGCUGUACCGUGGAGCCAGUAAAGACAUGAAGAACAACAGCGGCCAGACUCCGUUCCAGGUGGCUGUUAUGUCCGGGCAUUUUGAAUUGGGGGAGAUUAUAAAAAACCACCAGGAUACAGAUGUGGUUCCCUUUGUGGAGUCUCCAAAGUACGCCCCCCAGAGGAGAGAGAGCACCCGGUCGCUGGCGGUGCCCCACCCCCACCCGUUUCUGCGGGCCAACAGCGACAGCAGCAUGAAUCUGCCGGACUGGAUGGCCGUUCCCAACGCGCCGAGCACCAACAUCGUUUCUGUGCAGGGAUAUAAGCACACAGGAACCCUGCGGAGCUCCAGCAGCCCCAGAGGAGCGAGGACGCGGUCCCCGUCCCGCGGACGGAUCGGAGACAAGGAGGACCGGAGCCGGCAGAGCCAGAGACGGGGGCCUCCCCCGACCUCCACCACCACCACCAUUCAAACCGCAGGCCAGCGCAGGCGCCUCUACAGCGCCGUCCCAGGACGAGUCUUUGUAGCAACGCGGUCCCACUCCGCUCAGGGCGAGCGCGAGAUAAGCUUCAGUAAAGGAGACAGGGUCAAAGUGUUGAGUGUCGGCGAGGGCGGCUACUGGGAGGGGACAGUCAGAGGUCGCACGGGAUGGUUCCCCUCCGACUGUGUGGAGGAAGUGGUGCUUCGAAGUCAGGACAACCGAUCAGAGAGUCGUGGAGAACGAGCCAAGAGGUUGUUCCGCCAUUACACUGUGGGAUCAUAUGACAGCUUUGAUGCUCCAAGCGACUACAUAAUCAAGGAGAAGACGGUGCUUCUGCAGAAAAAAGACAGUGAGGGAUUCGGCUUUGUGCUUCGAGGGGCCAAAGCUCAAACUCCCAUUGAAGAGUUUACUCCCACUCCGGCCUUCCCGGCCCUGCAGUAUUUGGAGUCGGUGGACGAGGGCGGCGUGGCGUGGAGAGCUGGUCUCAGGAUGGGGGAUUUCCUCAUCGAGGUCAACGGUCAGAACGUGGUGAAGGUCGGCCACCGGCAGGUCGUCAACAUGAUCCGGCAGGGCGGCAACAGCCUCAUGGUGAAGGUUGUCAUGGUAACCCGCAACCCCGACAUGGAGGAAGGCGCGCGGAAGAAAAUCCCUCAGCAGAGCAAGAGGCUGAGCACUCCAGCCAUCGCCCUGCGCUCCAAAUCAAUGACUUCAGAGCUGGAGGAGAUGGUGGAGAGAGCUGCUACCCCUUGGAAAAAAAAAUCAGAGUUCGAAUCCUCACAAGUUUCAGAGAAGAAGAGGACAGUCUAUCAGAUGGCUCUGAAUAAACUCGAUGAAAUUCUUGCAGCGGCUCAGCAGACAAUCAGCACCAACGAGGCGCCCGGGACACGGGGACACGGGCCGAAGAGGGACCGGGGAAGAAGUUUCUAUGGCAACGAGCCGAGCUACGCGGACCAGCCUGGGAUGGGGAUGAUGUCGGGUCUGGGUCUGGGCUACGAGCGAGGCCAGUACGGCCCGGGUCACGGCCCUCCGCACGGUAUUAUGCGGCAGAAAUCCAUCGGUGUGCCUGAGGAGGAGAAGCAGUUCCUGCAUCCUCCUGCGGUGAAGUUUGCGCGGAGUCUGUCGGUGCCUGGUCCAGACGAUAUCCCUCCUCCUCCCACAACGGCUCCACCGGAGCCCCCGUUCUCCUCCGCUCCACCACUUGGUUGGAGAACAAAGUUGUCCCAGCAGCCCUCUGUCUCCAUGUCCCAGUCAACAUCCAGCUCUGCGCACUACCAGCCCUUCUCCCAACCGGGGCACCUGAGCCAGGGUGGCAGGGAGAGGGCAGGUGGUCCCACCGCUGGCCCAGCAGCAGACCACACGACACCGUACGUUCACGCAUCUGCCCAUACAGCUCAGAGCAGGACUGCGUCGCGAAAGGUUGCCUAUACUGGGGAGCCUGUUGGAGCUGGGAUUGGGGCUGGCGCAGGCGCAGGCGCUAAACCAGCAGGCCUGAGGAGAGGCUACAGCACAGCCGUACCUCCGUCCAGCAUUGCUACUGUAAUGCCCCAGCAACAACAGACUACCCAGAGUCAACCCCAGCGGGCAGACCGAAGCACAGCUGGAGCAGGUGGCCCUAAAGGAGGGGCCAGGAGAGGCAAGGGCCCUCUGGUGAAGCAAUCCAAGAUAGAGGAGCUGCGUCUAGGCCAGGGAAGUCUAGGGAGCAAAGACUCAGUGGAGAAAAGCUCCAUUCCUAUCCCCACCAUCAUUGUCAAGGCUCCCUCAACCAGCAGCAGUGGACGGAGCAGCCAGGGCAGCAGCGUGGAGGCUGACGUCCCCACGUCAGGGGAGACGGGGGACACAAAAACGCCUCACGGCCCUCCUCCGUCCACUCCUGCUCCACAGCCACCUGCUCCACCCUCCAUUCCUGCACCACCACCUCCAUCUAUGCCUUCUAUUCGAGCCCAGGAUAAUCUGGACUUUACUAGCCAGUUCGGGGCCGCCAUUGUUGGCGCGGCUCGCCGAGACAGGGAGAGAUUUCUUGAAGCCCGACGAAAGAGUGCCUCCUUCUUCAUGUCUGCUGAGGAGGAUCUGAGUCUUGGGAUGAGUGAAGCGCUAGGAGGAGUGUCAAGAACUCAGGUGUCUCAGCAGCAGUUAAACGCUCAGCCUGAAAGCUCAUCAACACGAUUGCGCCCUUCCAAGUCAAUUGAUGAGGGCAUGUUUUCUGCAGACACCUUUAUCCAACACACCCGGAGUAUGCCUCCAGCCUUUGGCCUACCGGAGUACUCCUCUACGGCCCUGGACUAUCAGCCCAAAUCUGUGCCUGCUGAUCUGUACACAGCAGCAGGUCGACAGCCAGCACCCUCCGCCAACACCACUUUUAUUCAUCCUCUUACUGGGAAGGCGCUCGACCCCACAUCACCUCUGGGCCUCGCCCUGGCUGCCAGGGAACGUGCUCUGAGGGAUGACAGCAGGAUAAGGAGGGGAACGGAGCACCUAUUCACCCGCCAGAUGUCGAGCGUUGUGUUCCCUUCAUCUACUGUUACCUCUCAGCCAGUGUCGUCCCACACGACGCAGUCUUCAAGCUCUUACCUGGUGACCUCCUCUUCUCUGGCAGCUACCACACCCACAGUCGGUCGCCCACCCUCGCCCAGAAUCCUCCGAGGAGCAGGGAGUACUUGGGGGGAAGAAGGUGGGGAGCGGGAGCGGGAUGGGGGAGGCACUCGCGAGGGUCUUAGAGUGCGGUUCUCGGAGGACAAAACUGUCCACACACACCACUAUCAGUCUCAGCCAUAUCAGCCGUCUUACAAAGAGCGGGAGAGGUCACGGGAGCGGGAAAGAGACCACUCGAGGGAGAGGGACAUCAGGAGGGCAGAGCAGGCAGCUGAGAGUGCACCCCCGCAACCCCGAAGACCCUCUUUUCUCAGGAUGGAAAGUCAAGCCGAUGCCUAUAUGCUGUCUCUCACCCCUCCCUCUCCUCCACCAAACAUUACCCAUCAGGCUUCUGGAAGCACAGGGAGUGGUAUGAUGGUCCUUCCUCCUCCUGCCCCUUCAGUUGAUGCGGACGAUGAAUUUGUUUAUGCAGACCCCCUCCCUCCUCCGUUAGAGUUUGCAAACAGCUUCGACAGAGGGGGAUCGGGAUAUUCCCAACAUGCAAUGCUUUCCAACAGCCUGACACAUCGGCAACAGCAAGUCCCUCCCCCACCACCUCCUCCACCGCCUCCGCCGCCCCCACCACCUCCUCCCCCUCCUCAGAAAGAGCAUUAUAUAAGUGGCUUUCCUGCCCAUACACCUCUGCCCUCUCCCCAAGCAGGUGACUCCACUGCAUCCAGCCUCACGUCAUAUGACAGCGAAGUGGCAAAUCUGACUCAGUCUGCUCCUUCACCUUCACAGACAUCACCAAAUCCUCCACCCCCUUCCUCACCCUCAACCCUUCAGCCAGCCAUGGGUCUUCCUCCUCCCCCUGCAGUCUCACCCCCACCUCCCCCUGGAGCUGGUUUCUACCACAGACCCUUUUCAAUGUCUCACCACCUUUACAACAGCACUCAUGCAUCCGGGCGAUCUUCACCAACACCUCCCCAACAUACAGUUGCACCACCUCCAGCUUACCGAGGUCCCCCAGCUCCAUCCUCCACUGCUGCCACAUCCGUCCCACAUAGGGGCACCGCCUCCCAUGCAACGACCGCUAGCUGUGCUGCUACAACCACCACUGCUGCCACAACAAGCUCCUCCACUCAGCUCCAUCAAGAGCGAACACACCCUGCUCAUUCGACAUACUCCACUACCAUCACAGGACGGACAGGCGAGCACCAUCGUCCUCAUCCCACUGCCAAAAAAGGAGAGUCCCAGGAAACGGUUGUGGACUCUGGGAUUGAGGAACUGGAUAGCCGCAGUAGCAGCGACCAUCACCUGGACAGUAUUUUGGGCCUUAGUGGGGCUGGUGUCCGAGGAGACAGACUGGAUCGGGGAGAGAGACUCGGAGCUGGAGGUCCAGGGCGAAUUGGAGGAGGUGCGGGAGAAACAGAACGAGGAGGAGCGGACUUUCUGGAAUCAUACAUGAGCUACCUGGAUGGGCAAACCUUUGAGAUGCAGAAUGCGACGGCGGCAGCUUCCACCUACCCAAAAACCAGCAGGUUUAGAGAAGGUAGCCGCACUGGUGACUCGCAUCGACAGACCAGCACCGCCCCUGCAGCCUACCACUCCCACAGGCAAAGAGAUGGGCAGGUAGAGGAUGACGUAGAGGAGGGACUUGGAGACGACGAGAGUGGUCAAGACGGGUACGGGAUGAGGGACAUGCAGAAUAUGGGCCGUCCCACGUCACCGUACUUUGAUAGGCCACGCACUCCUGAGAUGAGAACCCUAUGGGGCGACGGCCAGAUGAGCGGCGAUAUGGGGAGCCAGUCUGGGUCGCUUUUAGAGGGGAAGAAGAUUUACCCCCCUGCAUCCAGCAUGAAGCCAAGCAUUAUCACUGAGCUGAGCAGCAAAUUGCAGCAAAGAAGUAAAGACAGCUGGAGCAGCCACAGACCACUGAGCAGACACAGAUUUUCUGAAGACUCUGCCUCCGCUCUGAGCCCGCCCUCAGUCCGCUCCCAGUCUCUGUCUCCAAUCUCUUUAUCGCAGCCGUCCUUAUCGCCGUCCCCAACCCCGGCUUCCCAAUACCCAAACUGGGGACGUUCCCCAUCUCCUCAGCCUCCAGCCGCAUCUCAACCUCCGCGCUCACAUUCUCCGGUGUCCCCGACGUCGUACUCCCCUUACCCUACGUCUCCCAAGCACAGACCCGUGUACCGGAACAAAGCUCUGGAAUUCCAGUUCAUCCCCAGUCGAGAGUCCCGCAAAGCGGAAUCACACAUACUCCAGCGUCGACGAGCUCCGAGUCCCCUCAUCUCCCAAUCAGAGAGGCCCAAAGUGGCCCCGCCCCGCCCGUCGUCACUUCCCCUUCUCCCCACUUCACCCCUGUACAGUGCCAUCUACGACCUCCGCGGGUCAAUCACCCCACCGUCACCUGGGAAUCCUCUUGGAGACCCUUACUUCUCACCCUCUCCUCCCCUUUUUGCCCCCUCUGGAGCCCCUCCACCUCCAAACUCCACCUUAGUAGUGUCACGAUCCCUUUCUCCGACUCAUUUUCUGUCCGGGACGUCGUCUCCACCCCUGCACCCCCACCCGCCGCCUACCUGCCUGAGUUACCCGCACUUACCGCCGCCUUCCCCCACAAAGCCUUUCGCUUCCAAGCCGCUGCCCUACUGGACCAAGUAUGAUGUUGCAGACUGGCUGGCGUACCUCAACCUUAGCGAGCAUAGAGAUCGGUUUCUUGAUAACGAGAUUGAUGGCACCCAUUUACCCUCUUUGACCAAGGAAGACUAUCUGGAUCUUGGGGUGACAAGAGUGGGACACAGAAUGAACAUAGAGCGAGCCCUAAGGAGUGUAAUGGACAGGUUGUCCAGCAGCCCAUUUCCCAUUUCUGUCCUCUCUCCUCGGGAAGGGCAGCCUGAGAGGAGGAGAGACGACGGGAGUCGGAGCUGAGGCCGCAAAGGAGGAACAGGGAGGGGUUGAAGUCCACGUCGGAGGAUUCACACAGAUUUCACACGGAAAGAAAGGAGAGGAUGAAGAGCUGAUGACCUGUAAACACACUGGCUGGUGCUCCUUGAUUUACAUCCAUCCAAACACAACCACAGCAACACAAUCUAACUAAACCUCAUCUCAGUGAACAUAAGAGGGUCUUUAUGGCAGCACAUUUCAGAUUUAUUAACUAGAACAAUCACAAAGCGGAGGGCGCAUUCGGUUGUUUUUGUUCAGGUUUAAAGGUGAGAGGAUUCAGAUUUUAGCUUCCUGUGUGACGUUUGAGGAACACGUCUGCGUGUCAGAAAGUAGGAAGGUGUUUUUUAAAGAGCGAGGCUCCGUUUGCGUGCUUCAUUUCACCGUAGAGUCAUGGUAAAACUUAAACGCACUCUGUUUUUAUUCUAAAUGUCAGGGGAUAAAAUAAGUGAUCUGGUCUUUACCAAGUUAAAAUCUGCAGUUUUCUCCUCGGUUAUUAACACAGCUUCCACCGCUUUAUUAGCACAAAAUUUUCAGACAGAUGUAGGUACUUUCUACAUUUUAAAAUAUCUCUGAAUGUUUUGACUUGAAACAAUCUGCAAAAUCGAAGCAAAAAUAAAUCUUGUUUAUGAAUUUAAAAAUCAUUUGUCUUUAUGCAUUUAAUGGCUUCAUUAUUAUUAGUGGUGGAAAUCUUUUACUUUCUCAUGAAAAUGAUUAUUCAUAAGGAUUUCAGUUUUAAUCUGUAAAGACUGGAUCUACUGCAGGCUACUUUCUCAAGCAGAAUGACAGAUGGGGUCAUUAAAGUAUCUUUUUCACAUGUAUUAAGUUUUAAAUAUAGGUCCAUGCUUUUUCUGUUUUGUUGUUUUGUUUUCUUCUACAUCAUACUGACGCUUAUAUGUUCCGUCCUUCAAGUCCCACAAAAGCAGUGAGGGUGUAUUUAUUUUAAUGUGGAAUGUUUUGUUCAGGUUAAAUUUAGAUAAUUUAAAAGGGACCUAUUAUGCAAAAUUCAAAUUUUGCUUAUUUUUGUACUUUUAUUUGGGUCUCAACUGCUUCUAGAAACAACUCAAGCACUUAAAAAUACUACACCCAGCUGUUUUUGUCUGGAAAAUGAGCCAUUUCCAUUGUUAAGUCACAUUCAGCAAGCAAAGUGCCGUUACCUAGCAACCCCAGCACAGCUCCAGCACAUUUGGUCAGCUGGUUUUAUUGCUGUAUUCACUGUACAAUGGCUGCUGGAAAAGAGACGACGUUUUUAGUGGACUUGCCUUUCAGAAAGCACUUGCUGCAUUCUUGUUUAUUGUGCAGGAGGCUCCACUUUUGCUUUUCGAAGAUGUAUGGUUGUGCAAUUGGACAUUUGUUAGCAGUGAUUUUUACAUACAACUGUAAACGUUAAGUUAGGUGCAUGACCAGCAGCAGCUUGUUUGGAUUUAUAGGGACAAAACCCCCUAAAACAGCUCACUGUGAACUGAUCAGACUAAAAUCUCAUUAUCUAAGAAUGAUUUUGUGGAAAAACUUAAACAUGUUUUGUUUGACAAAAAUUAAUUUUCAAGUUGUGAUUUUGGACCUAAUUGGACCUUUUUCUCUAUUUCGUUGAAUUACCAUUCAUAAACCACUUGCUCAAUUCUUGUUGGUUGUGCAGGAGGCUCCACUUCUGCUUUUCGAAGAUUUACGGUUGUAUAAUUCUGCAUUUGUCUGCAGCCAUUUUCACAUGCGGCUGUAAACGUCAAGUUGGGGGACGUGGCCAGCAGCAGCUUGUUUGGAUUUAAAGUGACAAGACGCCCUAAAACAGCUCAUAUAGGCAAAACUGACAGGAAUAAAAUAUCAUUAUUUAACAAAUGUAUUGAACGUGUUUUGUUGAGACAUAGGUCUGUCUUAUCCUGUUCAAGGAAGCAGAAUAGGUCACCUUUAAGAACUUGGUAAAGUCCAGAUUGUUUUUUUAUACUUCCUGGUCCUCUAAACUUUAUAAUCGGAUGAGGUUGUUCUUUCUUCUGACAACAGUUUCCUCAUCUUUCCGAGGAGUCCAGGGAGCAGACCGGUGUCUUCGCUGUGUGUGUGUGUGUGUGUGUGUGUGUGUGUGUGUGUGUGUGUGUGUUUAUCUGGUUGCGAUUGGUCAUGUCUUGUUUUUUACCUCAUCACCGGUAGGGCUCUGUCCUCACUAUGGAUCCUGUGUGCAUUGUUUUUUAUUUUUCCAUAAUAGCUCUUUGUCAUCUUUUAGCGACGUACGUUCAGACUGGUCACUGUAUCACAAAUUUGUAGCAAAAAUAAGUGCCCAGACCUACAUCAUAAAAAGAAUAAAUGGCUAAAAAAAUAUAUAUAUAAAUAUAUAUAUAUGCACACAGUCAGGCACCCAUGUUACUGUUAUCCAUGCCUGCAUGCAUACACCAACAUGUAGAUAAACACAAGCACUCUGUGUUUGUGUCAGAGUUUAUUUAACACCUUAUAUAUAAAGACGCAGAGAUCCGAGACGCACCUGAGGACAGACUGUGCUCUGGAUCCACAAGAACGCGAAGAGAAAUCUUUUUCUUCCGGAGAACAACUCUGCUCAGACCUUCUGGGACGAGGGACACUUGAAAGGAGACGGGAGGGGUAAAAGAAAAACUGCCAUUAUCUCCGUCUUUUCCCUCCCGGUCCUCCCUGCUCCUUCCUGGAGUGGCCUUUCUCCCCCCUCCCUCCCAACGGCGAAACCCAAGAGAGAGAAACGCUCGAAUCAAAUUUUAAUACUAUGAUUGUUCUUACAGUUUUUAAACGGGGAAACACUGGAACUGCUGUUGACAUGAAGAGAUUUGUUGCUACUGCUUAUCGUUACUAUCAUCGUCCUUACUGUUAUUCCGGUUUCUUCCUGCCUCAGGUGGUUGAGUGCUAUGGAGACGCUGAAUCUUCUACAUUGUUUUAAAGUGAAAAGAAGCCUCGCGGACAUAAUGUGAAGCACAUCGAUGGGUAUAUUUUCCCUUUAUUAUGUUAACAUGGUAACUUUAAAAGCCUCAAACUUUACUUUUCUCCUUCAAAGUUUACUCGGAUGCUGUAUCGAUGUAGCAACUGUUACUCUGGGGAAACCCAGGACAUAUCAGUGAUAGAAAUUUAGUAUAGCUAGCCCCUGUUAUAAGGCCUCUGUGUGCCAUGUUUUUCAUUUUACUUCUCCAUCAGCUUUGAUGGCACAUUAACCUCUGAGAUGGAAUAUAAGGGCUCUCUCAUGACUUCACGCUUUCACUUCUCCUGCUUUCCGAGUCCGAGAACACAUCGAUACAUCCCAUACGGGAGUUGCUCUCCCCUCUGCUGUCUUUGAGUCUGGUUUUGCAGAAAAAAAAACUGUUUUCAUGCAUCUUGUUGCACAUGUUUUCUCUCUGUCGAUGUGAAAUUUGCAAAUGGUGAUUCAUUUUUGUAUCUGCAGAAGGUCAGGGGGAGAUUAUCUUAGACUGCAUAAGGAAAUAGCAAUAAGGACGAUGAAAAUAAUGGUCAUUAAACACGGUUUAAGAUGUAAAAAAAAAAAGUCGCGCAAGUUCUACAGAAUCUCUGUCUUCCAAAUAAUGUUUAUCAUGAAGAUGUAUUUAUUUAACUGUUCUGCUUUCUAUACAGUUUGACCCGUUCUCUGCAUCUUCCACUGUUAAUGAUCCAAGCUCCGCUCUGGUCGUUCUCUUUGCUCACGUGUGUCGGUGCGAUCACAGUGAAUUAUUUCUGUCAUUUUUUGCAUCAGUAACUCCUUACAAAGAAAUUUGAGUAGCAAUGUGUAAUACAGGCCAGAACUUCGGUGGUACCAACAGGAAGCUCCUACUGUUCUUAGAGGUCAAUUAAAGGGCGUCUAUAGCUGAAGUACCAACAUGGAAUCAGUGAAAUUAUCAACAGCAGAUUCUUCCUUAUUAAUGCCUGGUUCACACGACAAGAUUUAAAACCUAUAAAAAACCACUGGGCACCUACAGAUUAUUUAAGGGGAACCUCUAGCCAGCGUUUCUGAAAUCCAAUCCUUAGCCCCCCUGCCUGCAUGUUUUAGAUGCGUCUCUGUUCCAGAACAGCUGAUUCAAAUGAUUGCAUGACAUCUUCUGCAGGCAUCAAGAGCUGCAGGAGCCUGUUAAUCACCCAAAGAUUCAAUCCAGGUGUGUGGCAGAAGGGAAACACCUAAAACGAUGCAAGGCAGUGGGCCACUGCUCUAGGUUAUUUAUUGGUAACCUAUGAAGUUCUUACAAGUCACCUUAUGGAGGGAUUUAUGAGGUAUCUGUGGAGUUCAUUGGGGUUAUUAUGGCCACUUAUUGGGAGAAGGUACCAGUAAGGUCCAGAUACUCAUAGUACACCUAUAAGUUACUUAAGGGUGUUUAUUGGGAAUCUAUGGACUGCUUACAAAUCACCUUAUGGGAUAAUUACAAGGAACUUGAUGAGUUCAUUGGGGUUUCCUUGAAACUACCUCUAGGGGACCUAUAAGGUACUUAGAAAGGGUACCAGUAAGGUCCAGAUACUCAGAGGGCACCUAUAAGUUACUCUGGUGGUUACCUGUAGGGUGUUUAUUGGAAACCUAUGAAGUUCUUACAAGUCACCUUAUGGGGUAAUUAUGACGUGUCUGUAGAGUUCAUAUGGGGCCUGUAGGGUUAAUUAAAGGGUCCUUAUUUAGUACCAGAUAAGGUUACAAGGUUCCAUCCUGCGUUAAAUCAUUUCAUUCUCUCUUAUAUAAGUAAUUAGAUAUUAGCGUUGCAGGUUGUUUUGGUUUUUUGUAGUUUUUAUUAAUAAGAUGCAAGGCUAACCUUACAUUUUAAUGAAAAGUAUCAUAGAAACUAUUUCUGCUACCCCUAUUAGUACCCUGGAGGUUCUCAUGGUAUUACAUGUUGCUACCAGCGUUUCUUAGUGAAAGUAAAAGUUUUUAUUAAGCCUGUUCAACAGCCAGAUGUUUCUAUCAGAUCUACAAAAUGUUCAUGUAGUGUAAAUUUAGCUCAACAGGAACUCAUCUCUCUUCUUUUGUGACUCUGGAGAAAAUAUUCUGGACCUUUUUUUUUCUGGAUUUCUUAUUUAAAACCAAGUGAGUGGCUCACAUAUCAGCUGUCAGGGGUUAAAGGUUACAAUCUGAGGGGAAUCGGUCCGACUCUAUAGAAAGCAUUUCUUUUCCUUUAGGAGAUCUUUAAAAAAUGAGUAUGAACUGAAGAAAGGUAUCUUACAGAAUAUAUAUAUGUAUAUGUGAGAUACAUAUACACACAUUCAUAUAAAUAUAUAUGAAUUUCAAAUGUUUUAAGAGAUAAUAAAUUGUUAGAAUUAUAAUAAAGAUAAACAAAGCUCUAGUUUAUGGUGGUUUAUGUUCCAGUGAAGAA